AUGUGCGCACGAUCCACGCGAUGGCGGCAGCUACGCCUGCUGCUCUGGAAGAGCGUCUAUUUGUACAAGCUGCGCCGAAACUGGACGAUCACGGCGCUGGAGGUGUUGACGCCGCUGCUGCUGACUCUGGUGCAAACGUACCUGCACUGCAGCCGCGAGGAGUCCUCGCCGACGGGAACGUCUACUCCGGCAAUUCUUGCGAGUCUCACGGCCGGCGACAUGGAGGCCGAGGAAGUGGUCAAGCCGUCCUUCUACUUCCCCUCCAUCAUCGCCUUCGUGCCGGCCCCAACCGGGAACAUCUCUGGCGAAGAAGUGCUGCGCCACGCGUUCCCCCUUGCGAAGCUAGAAGAGUUCGCCGACGAAUCUGCGAUGGUGGCGAACCUAAGUGCGCGCAUCAAUUCUCUCGGACUGGCCAACAACUACGGCGUGGUGUUCAAGCAGGCCGAGCGAGGCACGCUCAGCUACACCCUGCGCUUUCCCUCCUGGCAGGAAUUCUACACCAGACAGACAAUGCGGCCAGGUGGCGCCACCAUACGGCCGCCAUUUUGGCUCUCUGGCAUCCUGCUGCCGAUGGUGUCGAGGCUGAACAUGGCCGUGGCGCGGAUCACGUCGUCCAUUGCGGACGGCGAGCAGCCACCGCCGGUCUACUUUCAGACUCGUCGGUUUCCUUCGCCCAAGGGCUUCGACAGCUCCAGGAGCGCGCGCAAGAUUACGGACGUGAGCGUCAUCUACGGCUUCAUCGUCCUCGCACCCGUCGCCGUCAAGCGCAUUGCGGAUGAGAAAUCAGUCGGAAUGAAGGAGCUCCUGCGCAUCGCUGGUAUCUCCGACGCCGUAUACUGGCUGUCCGCCUUUUUGAGCAGCCUGAUGGUGAUGUCGCUGGAGACGGUCCUCAUCACCUCGUUCCUGACGUUCCCCAUCUUCUGCGAGCCGGCAAUACUGCCUCAGAGCGACAUCAGUCUCGUGCUGUUCAUGCUCAUGUUGUACGCUGUCUACUGCGACCUGUUCUGCCUGCUGAUCAGCUGCGUCGUCAAGACCCCGGUGUACGCUGUGUUCGCCACCGUGUGCCUCUGGAUGCUGACGUACGAGGUGCCCAUCUUCUUCAUGGACUUGCCCGGCUCCGUCGAGUACGCCGACCUCUCGCUCGGCCAGAAGGUCUCCACAUCCAUAUUUCCCAACAUGGCCCUCCACUGGAUUGUCCGCAUCAUCAGCGCGCACGAGGAAAACAACCAAGGGGCUCGGUGGAGCAACAUUCAGAUGGCAGGUUCGCCGUAUGACAACGUGACUCUCACGGUGAUGUUGUGUGUCGUCCUGGGCUACUGCGUGCUUUAUGCCGUCCUCGUCUGGUACCUGGACAACGUGUGGCCAUGGCAGUACGGCAUCCCCAAAGAGCCUCUCUUUUUCGCCAAAGUGAGCUACUGGUACCCCAAGGCGCCCAGUAAUUUGCAGUAUCAAAGGAAGGACGCCACGGAAGCGAGUAUUCCACGUGAGAGCAUCGGAGACCGGAACAAUCCCGGCAUAGUGCUCGACAACGUCACAAAGGUCUAUUCGAAGAAUACUGUGGCUCUCUAUCGCGUCAGCCUCAAGGCUUACCCCGGUGACGUCACCGUGCUUCUCGGUCGCAACGGUGCGGGCAAGACGACCCUGCUGCGACUCAUUACGGGUCUCGAGCAGGCGUCCGCCGGCAGCGUCUACGUGGCGGGCCACGAUGCGGCGUUGGACACGGACGCGGCGCGCCGUUCUAUGGGCUUCUGUCCUCAGGAGAACGUCCUCUUCCUCGGCCUCACCGUCCUCGAGCACCUGCAAUUCUUCGCCAGGAUCCGUGGUGACAGCUGGGCAACGGCGAACAACGCCAUCGAGGAAAUCCUCGUGGCGUUCAACUUAUCCGAUAAGCGUGACACCCUGGCCAGCUCGCUCUCUUGGGGCACAAGGCGAAAGCUUCAACUUGGCAUAGCCGUUGUGGGUAACCCUCAGAUCGUGGUGCUGGACGAGCCGACGGCAGGUGCCGACCCCGAAUGCAAGGGCGCCCUCUGGGAGUGCGUCCUGCGGUUCCACGAGGACAAGACCAUGCUGAUGACCACGCACAGCAUGGAGGAGGCGGACACGCUCGGCGACCGCAUCGCCGUGCUGGCCGCCGGCAGGAUGCGCUGCUGCGGCUCGUCGCUUUUUCUACGCAACACUUAUGGUAUCGUGCACGGUACGGGUUAUUGGAUCCGCGUGACCGUGGAAGAAGGCGCCGUCCACGAUGACCUUCAUGAAUUGACCCACGCCUUUCAAAAGCAUGCACCGGCAGCCCGCAUUGAAGAUGGCGAAUAUACUGCGCCGCUUAAUUAUCUUCGUCGUGGUGGAACGUACGAUAUCAACGUUGGAGACGUCGGGGCCAAUACGCUCAUUGAGUUGCUGAAGGAGCUUGAGGGAGUGCAUGGGCGUGCGCUGCAAUCGCUGUCGGUCUACGUGGCAGCCCUCGAAGAUGUGCUGAGACAGGUGGAGCGGGAUUUGGACCGCAGAAAAACCUCAUCGCAGCCACAGGCACCGCAGCAGCUGCCCGACGUUCACGUGAUGGGACAAGAGUCGGAGGUUGGCUACCCUGCGGUCGCCGCGAUCGAGGCGAACUUUUCCUCGAGCGGCGAUCUACGGCCUCACUUGAGUCAGCAGCUUGGCGCGCUCGUCGCCAAGAAGCUACGGUACGGCAGCCGCGACUUCAGGCUGCCCGUGCUGAUGUUGCUGCUGCCGCUCUCGGUCCUGUUGCUGUUCGCCUACAUCAACCAGACGCACAUUUCUCGCAAGCUCAGCUACUCCGGACCCGUCGAGUACUCGCUACUGAACGUCUUCGGGCACACGGUCGCGUUUUACACCACCGACGUGUCGACCUGGAGCGAACCUGCUGCUCAGGAAUAUGAAAAUGGCGGCGUCGCGUGCCUUCCUCUGGCUGGCGGCUGCGCCGUGGUCAACCAUCCGCUGCCCAAGGAGAAUCCGAGGCCCGAGCCGGACCCACCAUAG